AUGGUGUUCCCUCGUCCAUUAUAUCUGAUUGGGAUCCAAGGUUUACUUCCAGGUUUUUGGAAGAAGUUGUAUGACACGAUGGGUACUAAAUUGCAUUUUAGUACAGCUUUUCAUCCGCAAACAGAUGGGCAGUCAGAACGAGUGAUACAGAUUUUAGUGGGUAUGCUUAGAGCAUGUGUGAUUGAUUUCAAGGGUAGCUGGGACAAGUAUAUCAAAUCGACAGAGUUUGCUUAUAAUAACAGUUACCAGUCAAGUAUUGGUAUGGCACCGUUUGAGCCUUUACAUGUGUCACCAUGGAAGAAAGUUCUGAGAUCUGGUAAAAAGGAUAAGUUAAGUUUUAGGUUCAUCGAUCCACAUGAGAUCAUUGAUUGUAUUGGUCCAUUGGCCUACAGAUUAGCUUUACCUCCGGAUCUUCAUAAGAUCCAUAAUGUCUUCCAUAUGUCGAUGUUGAGGAAAUACCGUUCCGAUCCUUCCCAUGUGGUUGCAGCAAAGUCAAUUAGUAUCCAACCAGAUUUGACUUAUGAGGAGAAGCCAGUGAAGAUUUUAGCUAGAGAGGUCAAAGAGUUGAGAAACAAGAGAGUCCCUCUUGUUAAGUUCUUGUGGAGGAAUCAUAAGACCGAGAAGGCUACUUGGGAGACCGAGGAGAUUAUGUGA